ACUAUAUAUGCGAUAAUUUACAAAAAUUAGGAUAUCUCUCUAUAUCUAUCUACAUAUGUAUAGCUCUGCUCUAUAUAUAAGUCUCGUGACUCUGAGUAGCAAAAGCAGUCGUCGUCCAUCAGCACCUAUCAAAGCCCAACUACCUCCGCCUUUUCAUUUUCCCAAUCCCCAGAGCCCAAACAAAGAGAAAAUUGCCGACGCCAUGAAAUUGCAGUCUUUUCCACACUCUGUUCUUCGUCUUCUUCUUCUUCUUCUUAUUCAUCUGCCGAUAAUGGUGAUCUCUCACGAUUACUCCGAGGCACUGUCGAAAUCGAUCCUCUUCUUCGAAGGACAGCGAUCGGGAUUCCUGCCGAACGACCAGAGGCUGACGUGGAGGCGACACUCCGGCCUGAGCGACGGAUGGACUCACAACACCGAUCUCACCGGCGGUUAUUACGAUGCCGGUGAUAACGUAAAGUUCCACUUUCCGAUGGCAUUCACGACGACGAUGCUCGCUUGGAGCGUCAUCGAGUUCGGCGACCUCAUGCCCCCGCCGGAGCGCCGAAACGCCCUCGUUGCCGUCCGCUGGGGCUCCAAUUACCUUCUCAAGUCCGUUUCUCAGCUCCCUUACCGCAUAUUCGUCCAGGUAGGUGACCCGAUAGCAGACCACAAUUGCUGGGAGAGACCAGAGGAUAUGGAUACACCGAGGAAUGCCUACGUCGUAAAUGCUCCGAAUCCGGCCUCAGAAGUGGCCGGAGAAAUCGCGGCAGCCCUAGCAGCAUCCUCCAUUGCUUUCCGAUCAUCGGAUCCUGGCUAUUCUCAAACGUUGCUCCAAAACGCCGUCAAAGCAUUUCAAUACGCCGAUACGUAUCGCGGUCCUUACAGCGACAAUGCCGAUAUCAGGGAUGAUGUUUGUCCUUUCUAUUGUGAUUUCAACGGAUAUCAGGAUGAGUUGCUGUGGGGAGCGGCGUGGUUGAGAAGAGCGACGAGUGAUGACAGUUUCCUAAAGUACGUAGAGAGCAACCGAGAACCCUUUGGCGCCAGCGAGAACAUCAACGAGUUCGGAUGGGACAACAAAAUCGGCGGACUCAAUGUCCUCGUUUCCAAGGAAGUGGUGCAAGGGAAUAUGUAUACGCUGGCAGCGUACAAGGCGUCGGCGGAUAGCUUCAUGUGCAGCCUGGUACCGGAUUCGCCAGGGCCACACGUGGAGUACACAGCCGGAGGGCUGCUGUACAAGCCAGGAGGCAGCCAGCUCCAACACGCCACCACCAUCUCUUUCCUCCUCCUCGUCUAUGCCAACUACCUCUCCCUCUCUUCCCAGUCUCUCUCCUGCGGCAACCUCCUCUUCUCCCCCGACUCUCUCCGCCUUCUCGCCAAAAAACAGGUUGAUUACAUUCUUGGGGAUAAUCCGAUGGGGAUGUCGUACAUGGUUGGGUAUGGAGAUAGAUACCCACGAAAGAUCCAUCACAGGGGCUCGUCCUUGCCGUCGAUAGGGGAUCAUCCUCAGCCGAUAGGAUGCAAAGAAGGGUCGGUUUAUUUCAACUCGACGGGGGCGAACCCGAACGUGCUGGUGGGGGCGGUGGUGGGUGGACCGGGAGAGGACGACAUGUACGAGGAUGACAGAGCAGAUUUCCGGAAGUCGGAGCCCACCACUUACAUCAAUGCCCCCUUCGUUGGCGUCUUGGCUUUCUUCGCGGCCAAUCCUGGUUUUUCCUGACCCCUCCACACCGCAGAUUCUGAAGUUUUUUUUCUUUUUCAAAGUUAAUAGAAGAAAAAGAAGAGAGAGUCUCUCAUCUUGCGGAAGCAAAGAAGGAAGAGGCAGUUUUCAGAGUUAGGAGGAGGAGGAGGAGGAGGGUCGUAGCCGAAUAUCUCAUUCGGGUGAUCAUGAUGAUCUUAUCUCUUUCCUGAUUUUUCUUUUUUAAAUCUCAGCAUUUGGUGUUCCGGAUGUAAUGGCCAAAUCUGCCCUACAAAUAUUUGUAUCUUGUGCGUUUACGUUGUCUUUUCUGUCAGCUUUACAUUUUUUCACAAGUAUUUUCUGUCUAUA